AUGGCAGUGCGCAAACGAGCCCCGCAGACAGUAGCGCAGAAGGUCAAGAGCGCGGAAGAGAAGAUUGAGCGCGCAUUUACGGUGAUGUGGGACGAACUGCCGUUGUGGCAGCAGGAUAACCAUUAUAUCCUCUCCGGAUACAGACCCGAAUUCCUCUCAUUCAAGAAAUGCUUCAUCUCACUCGGCUACCUGCACAACGAGACUGGUACCUCCCUCCCGCCCGCCCCCAACUCGCCCUCCCCUCCUCCUCCUCCUCCUCCUCCUCCCCGCACCCGGCUAACCUCCCCAGUGAACAUCUACUCGCACCUCCUCCCCGCGCUCUCCAUCCCCUACCUCGCGCUCCUCCUCUACACGCUGUACCACCCACCCUCCACCGCGAACCUCCUCGCCUUCAGCACCUUCCUCCUCUCCGCCGCAGCAUGCCUCGGCAUGUCCGCCACCUACCACACCAUCUCCUGCCACUCCCACGAGGUCGCAAAGCUCGGCAACAAGCUCGACUACCUCGGUAUCGUCAUCCUCAUCAUGGGCAGCUUCAUACCCAGUGUGUAUUACGGCUUCUAUUGUGAUUCGACACUCAUGUGGGUGUAUUGGUCCAUGAUUGCCCUCCUCGGCGCCGGCUGCGCGGUCGUCUCAACAGUGCCCUCCUUCCGCACCCCCGCCUGGCGGCCCUUCCGCGCAGCCAUGUUCGUGGCCAUGGGCGGCUCGAGCGUGGUCCCCGUGCUGCACGGCCUGCGCCUGUACGGGUGGGCGGACCUGGAGGAGCGCAUGGGGCUGAGCUGGAUGCUGGCUGAGGGCGCGCUGUAUGUCACGGGCGCCGGCCUAUAUGCGGCGAGGGUGCCCGAGAAGUGGGCGCCCGGUAGGUUCGACAUAUGGGGGAGUAGCCACCAGAUUUUCCAUUUUUUGGUGGUGGCGGCGGCGGCGUGCCAUUUGGUGGGGUUGGUGAAGAGUGCGGCGUUCUUGGAGGGGAAGACGGUGGAGGGGCUUUGUGCGGGGAUGUAG